CCUCAUCCCGAACACAGAUCUGUGUGCCGGUGCUGAGAUUCCCAAGCAGAGGGUAAAGUCGUUCAUCCAAGCGCUGCUGAGGAAGAACGAUCUGGAUAACUUCCAGACAUGCACAGUGCAUCACUGUAAGAACUCCUUCGCCUGCAGCUUCACACACACAUCAGGCUGGAAGCUGGCCUUCUCCGGCGACACCAUGCCCUGCAACGCCUUCGUGCAGACCGGAAAGGAUGCAACCUUGCUGAUCCACGAGGCAACGCUGGAAGACGGGAUGGAGGAGGAGGCCGUGGAUAAAAAACAUAGCACCACCUCCCAGGCCAUCGGCAUCGGCAUGAGGAUGAACGCCGAGUUCAUCAUGCUGAACCACUUCAGCCAGCGCUACGCCAAGAUCCCUCUCUUCAGCGAGGACUUCGACGACAGGGUGGGGAUCUCCUUCGACCACAUGAGGAUGCGCUUUGAGGACUUUAAAAUCCUUCCCAGGCUCAUCCCAGCUCUGAAAACCCUCUUUGCCGAGGACAUCGGUGAGAUGGAGGAGAGGAGAGAGAGGAGGGAGCUGAGAAACCUGAGAGGAAGCAGCUCCGAGGCGUCCAGCGAGCAGAAGAUGGCCGACGAGGGCCGAGGUGCCAAAAGAGACCAGGAGGAGGCAGCGCCGCGCAGCGUGGAGACCAAGAGGCUGAAGACCGUCUGAGGCUGAGGGAUCAACUAACACUUUCCCUGAGAGAACUCUUGAGUUUUUUUAUUUAAAUCAAUUUGAGUUUUUGUGUGCUUGUGUGGUUUGAAUCUAGAAAAAUCGUGUAUAUUUCCUGCAAUGCAGUGUAUAAAGCUAAGCUACAAAUAUAGUUUUUGUUUUUCAUUUAAUGAAAUAAAGUGAUACCACACAAUC